AUGAAUUGCCGGCCGCGAUGGCGGCUAGGGUACAAUAAGGUGCAUAUCGAUACCUGCCGAAGCCGCAAACAUCUCGGCAGCAAGCAAGAGAAGCUUGUUCGAGAUAAAGGGGUCCGUGUUGUUACGAUCCUGCAUUGUCAAGCGUUUGACGGCAUGAGGGCGCCAGACAGAGAGGGUGCAAGCGCGGCUGUUGAUGGGACGCUGAAUGGUGUGCAGUCGAUCGCCUCGUUUGCCCCCCUUCGCUUAACGUCGAACUGCAGCAGACCCGCAUUUGGCAGAACAGGCUACCGAACACAGAAGCUGCACUUCAUUACUCUUCCCUGCCCCGUCACCUCGACGCUGGCUCGCCUUAUCGGACCUACGCCGACUCAUCCGAAGGCACCUAGCCUCUCCUCCAAGCUGCCGUUGCGCAUUCUUGCAAACGUUGCACUGAAGAACGGCCAUGUUUUCGCAGUGGAGGAGUAA